CUGAAGUCAUGUCUGAUAAAGGCCACGACGUCGAUUUAACAAGAGCCAAACAAAACACUGGCGUUUGGCUAGUGAAGGUUCGUUUUAAAAAAGCAAACAAACUGGCUAGAUUAUUUAUUGUAGUACUCGUGACUAUAUGAAAGAAUUGGUCGACAUAAAAAUGUUGUAGUCCUGUAUUUUCUUCCCCAAUAGAUUCCUAAGUAUCUAGCCCAACAAUGGGGAAAAGCAUCUGGACGAGGAGAAGUUGGCAAACUGAAAAUAGCCAAGUAUCAUUCAAUCUGAAUGAAGAGCUGAGUUUGGUUGAACAUUCGGGGGAGAAGACGUUGUCAGUGCGAGCGCCCAGAGAGCAUCCGUUCACCAUGCAGACUGUGGGGGAUCAGACCCUGUCCGUCUUUACUGAGAACUCUUCAGACCAGAUUACACUUGAAGGCAUGGUGGUACAACGUGCUGAAUGCAGGCCUGCAGUCAAUGAGAGUUACAUGAAGUUAAAGAAGCUACAGAUUAAGGAAUCGAUGAAGCCACUCCGGUUGUCCCAGCAGCUGGAGAAAGCAAUUACCACCAAUUACAAACCUGUGUCUAACCACACCUAUAAUGUGGAAUAUGAGAAGAAAAAGAAAGAGGAAGGAAAGAGAGCCAGGGCUGACAAGCAGAAAGUUCUGGAAAUGCUCUUCUCUGCUUUCGAGAAACACCAGUAUUACAACAUUAAGGACUUGGUGGAGAUCACUAAGCAACCUGUGAUUUACCUGAAAGAAAUUCUGCGUGAGAUUGCAGUUUACAAUCCUAGAGGGCCUCACAAAAGCACCUGGGAGCUGAAACCAGAAUAUCGCCACUACCAAGAAGGUGAAAAUGAAGAAGAGGAAGAAGAAAAAAUGGUUUAACGUUUACCAUGACCAUAGCUGCACUUGUACACUAA